AUGCCUGCUUCCACCGUCCAGAACCCACCCGCCCAGACCGAGUCUAAGUCGGCCAAGAAGAAGAAGGCCAAGGCUGCUGUCGCUGCCACAGAGCGCAACGACUCCCCCGCCCCUGGAGCAACUUCUUCUGACAAGGCUGUCUCGGUUGCUGGCGGCAACGAGGCCACCGAGAAUGCCUACAUUCGUGAUCUGAAGAAGAAUAUUCGCAACACCAGCAAGAAGAUCUCGAACGCAUCGAAAACCGAAGCUCUCAUCAAGGAGAAUAAGGACAAGUCCAUCGAACAGCUCAUCACCGCGAAGAUCAUCAACGCCGACCAGAAGCGACAGGUCGACAACAAGCCAGCCCUCGAGGCUGAGCUUGCCCGCUACGAGGAGCAGCUAGCUCAGGUCCAAAAGCUUGACGAUGAGUGGCGCGCCAUCGCCGCUUCUACUAAGGCUGACACGGAGAAGGCGUUGACGGACAAGUUCGAAAAGGAGAAGGCUGAUGCUAUAGCCGAGGUCAAGAAGCAGGCUGAAGCUGAUCUCAAGAAGGCGGUCGAGGAUGGGUUCUUAGUGGUCUCUCAGUUCCUGCGUCUUGUUGCGCAGAGACGUGGCGAGGCUCCUGGCUCUGAAGAGGAGCUGGACAAGGCGAACGAGGGCAUCCUGGCCAGUGUUUAUGGCGGUGACUCGACAGCUGUGGCAUCCAUGGUCAAGCUGUACCACGGCACUGAUGAUGCGACAACCAGCGUGACCGGCGAGUCCUUGCAGGUAACCUACGCCACCAUCAAGCAGCAGAUCACCGACUCGUCGCCCGUCUCCGACCCGACUGAGCUCCCCGCGGAGGAGCCAGAAGUCGAACCCGUCCCCACUGAGUCGUCUCACCUGGUUCAGACCGACCCGACCAUCGCGAACGCGGGUCUAACUGAGAUCGAUGCUGGCACCGACAUCGCUCUGGCGAAUGGCCAUACUGAAGAAACACCGGCCGAGGGCGAAACAUCGAUUCCCAAUGCGGACGUCGGUGAUAGUGCGGCCAACGCUGCGGCGGAGAACCAGUGGGACGUGGGUAACGACCUUGCCGCUUCUCAGGAGUGGGUCGAGGUCCAGAAGCCCGCCGAGGCCCCUCAAACUGAGACUGCUCCCAACGCUCCCCCGGCCGCUCCCAGCUCUCAAUCCUGGGCCGACGACCACCCUGAGCCCUCCACUUCUACCUCCACUACUGACGCCAACGAUGGCUUCCAGUCCGUGCAGCGCAACCGUGGCCGUGGAGAUCGUGAGGGAGGGUUCCGUGGUGGACGUGGCGGCCACCACCGCGGACGUGGUGGAUUCCGAGGUGAUGGCCACCACCGCGGCCGUGGUCGUGGUGGCCCUCGAGGAGGCCACCGUGGUGGUUUUCGCCGUGAAGAACACGUGAGCUCGGCAUAGGGGACGCCUUGCUCAUCGCGCCACCGGUGUGAACACAAGACGUCUAGACCAAGGGGCAUGGGCUCAGGAUCCCCAUGUUGCCGCGGCUACCGCUCCCGUGUACAGCAUCAACCGGUAUUAUCAUGGCGUACUGACUACCCCUUUCAUGAAGACACGUUAGCAAGAGAUUCUGCGGUUAAUUUGGACUCCAUUCCAUCGCCUACCGAUUUUGUCGAGUUAGGGGACACCGAAUGGCCUUUUUCAAAGUUGUGUCAUGAGGGCUAGUGGGCCACUCUCGGAUGACUUAUGACGGGUCGCGCGAUCGUUCAUGGAGAAUGAAUACUGGGGAAGGUCAUUUUCAACUUUUCUUCGCAUGGAAAACGGUCUCAUCUGGUCUUCUCGGUCUGCAUAGCAAUGGAAUUAAUAGGUACUGGCUGCAUUUCAGGCUUGCCAAUCUG